AUGAUUUCAAAUAAUAAUAACCAUCGUGAUGAUGAUGAUGAAUUUCGUUUUGCCAAGAAACAUACAAGACGUUUUCCUUCGCAUAUUUCUAAAACUCUUAAUACUUCAAUAGAUAAUAGUACAUUUGAUUGUGAUGUAUUAACAAAAAAUUUAUAUUUAAAAAUAGAUUCAAUUUUAACUAGUUAUUUUUGGUUAGAAAUGAAAUCAUACAUUAUCAAUUGGUUAAAUUUACAACAAUCAAAUGUAUUUGAUAUUGUUUGCUAUGGUCUUGGUCAUAUAAGUUCAUCUGUUUCAUCCCAAUAUCAAUAUUGUCUACUUAAAUUAAUAUCUCAAAUAUUUGUUGAUCAAGUAAAAACAAUUUUUAUUUAUGAUCCUAUAUGGACAACAGGUGAAAUUGACUAUUUAAAAUCAAAUAUAUCAUGUCAAAUUUUAAAUGAAAAUGAUGAAGCUUGUUAUCAAAUAGUACGUUCAACAUUGUUUUUUAUACCAUUUUGUGGUAAACCACUACAUAAUAAUAUUCUUUGGUCUAAUUGGUCACAAAAUUGUUUGAGACAAAUUUUAAUAUUUGGAAAUAGUUUAAAUAUGUUUCAACAAGGAUUACAUUUUGAUAUAAAUAAAUUUUUUUAUAUUUAUUAUUCAACAUGUUUUUGUACAGAAUAUUCAUUACCACAAUUUGAUAUUUUUCCAAUUGCAUUUAAUCAACAAGUAUUUGUUUCAUUUGAACAAAGAAAAAUUUUACCACAAUUAAAUGGAAUUAAACAAAUUAAAACAUCUCGUCGAAAUAAAACAUCAUCAAUUCAUAAACAAUUAGAAUUUACUAGUAUUGAAUUAGUGCCAAAUGAUAUAUGGAUUCACAAUGAAAAACCAUUUUAUACCGAAGAAGAUGAAAUUAUAAAAGGAAACUAA